GUACUAACAUGUAUUUGUGCACAGUGCAUUAUGCAGCUCGUUGACUCCCAGGCGGCAUUAUUAAUGGCGGCAGUGCAAAAGAGCCCUCUUUACAUCUUUAGAGAGGGUGGAUGCAGAUAAUCAAUUGGCAUUGCAAUUGUCAUACUGACAAAGACGAGACUGAUUCGCGCCGCUGAUCUUUCAACCGCUGCACAUUUUUCAGAGGCGGAACAGGAGAGACAGGAGCUGCUCUGCCGUCAGAAUACUUAAGCCAGCAAUGGCGUCGAGCUCAUUCCUCAUCCAGCCGGCACCUGGUGCAGCCAGGCUUUCAUCUGCGGCAACGAGGUUCCAUUGUGAACCUGUGGCAGCAUCUGCGCUGGUGGUUCCGGCCCAAAGAGUGCCUGCCAGACGGCACAUGAAGAUCAAUGCACGACGCCUUGAUGCAGAAAAAGACGUCCCUGCUCAUGGAACAGGAGUGUCAAGGAGAAGCCUUUUCACAUCCGUUGCAACUGGAGUCGGGCUUUCCGUUUUGGAGCCUGUGUUUGGAGCCCUGCCCGCUUUCGCCAGCGCCCCAGCACUCCCCGGUUUAGACCCCAACAAAUAUGGGGAUGCCAAGCAGACUGCCGAGGUUCUGGCCAUAACUGUUAAGGAACUGGAUCAGGCAAUCAGCUUCAAGAAUGCUGGCAACCUGCUCAGGCUGGCCUUCCACGAUAGCGGAACUUUCAACGGUCGGCUUGGAACCGGCGGCGCCAACGGCUCCAUUGCAUUUGAGACCAGCCAGUCCGCCAACGGGGGCCUCCUGUUUGGGGUGAACCUCAUGAAGCGCAUCAAGAAGAAGAUUGAUGCACAGUCGCCUGUUCCGAUCGGGUUUGCGGACCUCGUCGCUCUGGCGGGAGCCCGCUCCGUGAAGGUGACUGGCGGCCCAGACAUCAAGAUACCCGUUGGCCGCCCUGACGUCACCGUAGCCGACCCGCCUGGCAUGCUUCCCUCUGAGACUUUGACCGCUGACGGCCUCAAGAAGCUCUUUGCUGACAACGGCUACUCGGUGCAAGACUUGGUGGCGCUCUCUGGAGCGCACACAAUCGGCAUUUCAAGGACGCACCCCCCGGUCGGCCUGCCCCUCGACAUCAUUUCGCCCAAUACUUUCGACACCAAGUAUUUCCAACUCCUGUUGAAUCCGGAGAAGCCGCUUGGGUUCUUCCCCAGCGAUAAUGCGCUCGUGACCGAUCCGGAGACCAAGGCGUACGUUGUCAAGUUUGCUAACGACAAGCAGGCGUUCUUCAAGGCCUUCUCUGACGCCUAUCUGAAGCUCACGUUGAAGGGCGUCGAACCCACUUCCGCCUGAGAGCCAAUAGCAGAACUGUGGCCCGUGGGCUAGUGACUUUGUGUCGGAUUGACUGUUAACCUCCCGAUAGACCUUGCUAACACGUAGUUUUGAGCUAGUUUUUAAAGAGCCUCUUUAUUAACUGAGUGAUAUUAACCGAGUGCCAAAGAAAGCCGGGCAAGUGGCGCAAAACCUGCAUAGAGCAGCUGCACACGCAGGCCUGGACUUGUCAAACUUAGAGCUGUUUAGUCUAGGGCUCAACUCUUCACUCGAAGUAGAAAUGGGCACAUCUAUCUUGCUAGGUCACGACAAUGAAUCUUCUUGCCACAUUGUGUACGACGCGGUAACGCGGGUCCAAGGUGGUCAGAACAGGGGAUCGGGAUUCGAAGAAUCAUGUGUUUAUCUGGCGGACGGUACUAGGUAGUAACUCGAUCCUCAAAACUUACAAGCAUAAGUGCGUAUGAUCACAUUUGGAUCCUUGUGAUCCUUGGAAUGCACUCUCAAAC